CUUCUCUAUAAAUAUUUAGUAAAAGAAGAAAAAAAAAAGAACCCUAAUCUGGAACUCCACCGUACAAACUGCGUUAUUAGGGACGAUCCAAAUCCUCAUCAUCUUUCUCGUCGACUUUCUCUUCUUGGAGUGUUCGACGAGAUUAUUCUUCUAAGCAGAUGAAUUCGUUGGUCAGAUUCGUAUGAAAUUCAGGCCUUGGAAACCCUAACUUUUGUCGGAUUGUCAGAUUUUGUUGGUGCAGAUACAAACACACAUACAUACAUACUUGUAUUCGCAUAGAAAUAAGCUCCGAUUGCGGAAAUGGUCGGACUUGAGCGAGCGGAGAAGGAGCACGGGCGGACCAGGAAAAGGCCUCGGUCGGCCUGGGACAUAGGGCCGUCUAAACCGGAGGCGCAAUCUGCUCUGGUGCCGAGUAAUGAAGGCUCGGGAAGGCAUGCAUCCCCUCCGAAACGGGACGAUGAUCGCGAAGGCCAUUACGUCUUCAAUCUCGGCGAGAAUCUCACUCCGAGAUACAAAAUACUCAGCAAAAUGGGUGAAGGCACAUUUGGUCGAGUUUUGGAAUGUUGGGACCGUCAAACAAAGCAGUACGUGGCAAUCAAGGUCGUUCGAAGCAUUAGAAAAUAUCGAGAUGCGGCAAUGAUAGAGGUUGAUGUACUUCAACUUCUUGCUAAGCAGGACAAAGGCAGCUCAGGCUGCGUGCAAAUACGAAAUUGGUUUGAUUACCGAAAUCACAUAUGUAUAGUAUUUGAGAAGCUUGGACCAAGUUUAUUUGAUUUUCUAAAGAGAAAUAAGUACCAACCAUUCCCUCUGGAUCUUGUUCGGGAAUUUGGACGACAGCUUUUGGAAUCAGUAGCAUAUAUGCAUGACUUACGCUUAAUUCACACUGAUUUGAAGCCAGAAAAUAUACUUCUUGUGUCUUCUGAAUAUGUAAAGCUUCCUGGAUAUAAGAGGGUUUCUACAGAAGAAAUGCAAUACAGGUUCUUGCCCAAGUCUAGUGCCAUUAAGCUGAUUGAUUUUGGUAGUACAGCUUUUGAUAACCAGAAUCAUAGCUCAAUUGUUUCUACACGGCAUUACAGAGCCCCUGAGGUCAUUCUAGGUCUAGGAUGGUCUUAUCCGUGUGAUAUGUGGAGCAUAGGUUGCAUACUUGUUGAACUUUGCUCGGGUGAAGCAUUGUUUCAGACACAUGAAAAUUUGGAGCAUUUGGCAAUGAUGGAGAGGGUUUUAGGACCUCUACCAGAGCAUAUGGUUCAAAGGGCCAAUCGAGGUGCAGAAAAAUAUUUCAAGCGAGGUGCACGACUAAAUUGGCCUGAAGGAGCAGUUUCUAGGGAGAGUAUUAGAGCCGUGAAAAAACUAGAUUGUUUAAAGGUUUUGCAUUUCAAGUUCUGCCCUUUUUUUUUUGGGAGGGAUUUGGUAUCCCGUCACGUAGACUCUUCAAGAUCCUCCCUUGCUGAUUUGUUGCAUGGAUUGUUGAAGUAUGAUCCAUCUGAACGUCUCACUGCUCGGCAAGCUCUUGAUCAUCCCUUCUUUAGGAUUCCAACCUGAGCAGGGAGCAGUCCACUUGUCUACUUUGAUCCACUUUGAAAGCUUAACUUAUAGUACCCACCUAAUGUGGAUGCUCCAGGAGGAGAGAGAGAGAGAGAGGGGGGAGAGAGAAAUGAAUUAAGCUUGCCAUCUAUGUGAAAUGCUGUCUAUGAAA